UGUCCUGAUUUAAAUGAUAUAGACUUGGACAAUAUUUGGUUCCAACAGAACGGCGCCACAAGCCACACAGCGAAUGUCACAAUCGAUUUAUUGAAAACCAAGUUUGGUGAACGUGUUAUCUCACGAAUGGCUCAAGGUCGUUCAAUUUGACGCCGUUAGACUACUUCCUGUGGGGCUACGUCAAGUCUAUGCCAAAAAGCCAGCGACGAUUGAUAAACUUCGUACGAAUAUUGACCGUGAAAUUGCAGCAGUAUCGGCCGAUUUAUGGUUGAAAACCGUCGAGAAUUGGGUUCAUCGUCUAGAGUUCUGCAAGCGUGUCAGUGGUGACCAUGCAAAAGAAAUCGAGUUCCAUACAAAAUGACAUCGAAUGUACUAUCACAGCGCAUUUAUUGAAAAACCCGUUAUAUGCUAUACGCGUCCGAUAUCAGUGAUUCCGACAAUUGAGCAGUUCUCUGAGAGAAAAAGACCUGUACCAAAUUUCUAAUCGAUCCACAUUAGAAAAUAUAGACAUGGCUAAAUUGACUGAGUUCGUCACGCUGCUCAUUUAGAUAUAAAUUUUAUAAGGUCUCUGCCGUUUUCUUCUAAGUGUUACAAACUUCAUAGCAAAACUAAUAUACCCAAAUACUCGGAAUUUGAUGAAACAUGACAUUAAGUUACAAUCUAAAAAUCGCAGUUUAAAAUUUCGUCCGAGCUAACGGAGAAGAGAGUAAGAAACGUAUACGUAUGUAUUUUGCGAACGUAAUAAAGGGUUUGUAGGAAUAGAUUUCAGUUAAGCGAACUACGUAGACUGCAGAGUAGAUUAGGAAACUUUAAAUUCUCACAGAGCUUGCGUUUUUGGUCAAAAUUUACGCGCUCCAACGCAAACAGCAACAACAUAGAAAAUGCUCGCGUCCAACGUCACAUAUUUCCGAUUCUUCUCUUUACGGUACACAAAAAUGUUUAGCAAGCAUAAAAUUAGCACCAAAUCUGUUUUUGGUCAAUAGCCUAAUUUAUCUUCUAUGUCACAGCGUCUGGUUUCGUGUGCGCAUAGUCAUGGCGAAGCGGUUAAAAAUCUCGCCUAAAAUAUGUUCUAUUUGUUUUACAGCAACAAAUUAUAAACAUGCACUAAUAACAAUAAUAAUGGCUUAGAUGGACGUAUAAAAGCUGACGCAAUUUUCGCACUCAACACAUUUGAGCACCCGACAACGCGGUCAACACUUGGAGCGACUUCGACAAUACUCAAUUCGCUUAUAGCCAAGCGCUUAAAACUGGCCCAAAUAUAUGUAAAUAUAUGAAAGAAAAAAAGCGUACAUACAAAUAUAUUAAGCAGGAAAACAAUGGAAGCCCACCAUGCCGUAUUAAGUGUACUUGUGACCCUUACGUCAAUUUGCCUUCUGAACCCAGAUAUUACUACCUACGCCGCUCCAACAGAGAUCGGCGACAGUCAAUGGAAGUUGAUAGAACGCAGCGGUUGGUGUGCACGUCCGCCAAAGGAUCGAGCAACUUUUGCAGGAGCCGCGCCGUUCAUCAUCAUACACCACUCCUAUAAGCCCGGUAUGGCUCUGUCAGAAUCGGAUUGCCAUCUGGCCAUGCAGCAGAUACAAGACUUUCACAUGGAUGAGCGGCAUUGGUCCGAUAUUGGCUACAGCUAUGCAAUUUGCGGUGAUGGCAAUGUAUACGAGGGCCGCGGUGCCAAUGUGGUCGCAGCUCAUGCGCCUCACUACAACAAUCGCAGCAUUGGACUGCUGCUAAUAGGCGAUUUUACCGAAGCACUGCCACCGUCCAACAUGUUGGAAGUGGCGCUGGAUUUUAUACAGUUCUCUGUGGAUUGCGGCUUUUUGCGUGAGGAUUACAUUUUAUAUGGGCAUCGGCAAGUGCGCAAUGGCACCAUCUGUCCAGGCGAUGCACUGUAUGCCGCGAUACAGAAGUGGCCGCAUUGGCAAGAGGAUGUGGAAGACAUAGCUUACUUGUAGAGUGUGGGUGCGAGCGAACCCAGUGAACAAAGUAAUUGCCGCAGGAUUAAAGUAGCGACCCUUGCAGUAUUAAAAAUAAAAAUAAAAGAGUACAAAUAAAUUGUAAUAUUUUUUAAUGCAAAAAUUAAA